GCAGCGGGGAAGUGAGCGAUGGAGGAUGACUCGCCGAUGGUGAAGACGGCCAAGGGCGCCGUCACGGGGCUGGCCGCGGGCACCAUCUGGGGCACCAUCGUCGCCACCUGGUACGACGUGCCCCGCGUGGAGCGCUACGUCGCACUCCCGGGCCUCAUCCGGACGCUCAAGAUGUGCGGCAGCUACGGGGUCACCUUCGCCGCCGUCGGGGGGCUCUACAUCGGCGUGGAGCAGAUCGUCGAGAGCCAGCGCAAGAAGCGCGACUUCGUCAACGGGGCCAUCGGCGCCUUCGUAUCGGGCGCCACCGUCUAUGGCUACCGAGGAAAGAGCAUUAAGUCUGCCCUCAUUGGUGGUUCUGCUCUGGCAUUCACAUCUGCUAUUCUUGACGUUGGUGGUAAUACAACAAGAGUGGACAAUGGCAAAGCAUACCACGCGUACACAACGGAGAGGAAGGCCUGCGCAUUGACCAAGGUUGUACUGUAG